AUGGAGGCUAAGAAAGAAACUCUGCAAAGGAUUGUCUCUACUCUAGCAAACAAGAAUGAUGAAAUUCACAACUUCAUUGACAUCCUGAACCACACAAUAAAGAAUGUUCAGGUGAACUCUUCUAGUGCAAUCAGUGAGUUGGAUGAAGAAUUUGAUCGUCUGUAUUCUGUAUUGUGUGAGAUGAGUGGGACUAUGGCCAACACUAUUCGGCAAGAGGCGGCUCAUAAAAUUCAGGCUCUGCAGGAUCAGCUUAGCCAAUGUCGUAAUGCCCUAGAGAGUUCUGAAGAGCUGCUGGAGCUUGCUACUCAGUCACUGGACAUAAAGGACCCUGUGGAGUUCUUAAAGGCUGGCAGAGAUAUCAAAGAUAGAGUCACCGUGGCUUCAGCGUUCCGCCUUUCUCUGAAACCAAAGGUCAGUGAUAGUAUGACUCACUUGAUGGUGGACUUCUCUAUGGAAAGGCACAUGCUCCAGGCUAUAAAGUUUUUGCCAGUCCCUAGAGCUCCAGAGAUAGACAUGGAAGCCUGUGUGGUUGCUGAUAAUUGCAUAACAGUAUCAUGGAGAAUGCCUGAAGAAGACAGCAGAAUUGAUCAUUUUGUACUGGAGUACAGGAAAACUAACUUUGAUGGCCUUCCUCGAGUAAAAGACGAACAGCAUUGGGAAGUGAUAGACAAUAUUAAAGCUACUGAAUAUACAAUAUCAGGUCUGAAAUUUGACAAGAAAUACGUGAAUGUUAGAGUAAAAGCUUGCAACAAAGCUGUGGCAGGGGAAUACUCCGAUCCUGCGACUCUGGAAACCAAAGCAUUUGUGUUCAGUUUGGACAGUACUUCAUCUCACUUAAACUUGAAAGUUGAAGAUACCUAUGUUGAAUGGGACCCUACUGGAGGCAAAGGCCAAUUAAAAAUAAAAGGGAAGGAAAAUAAAAGCAGUGGCCAGAAUCUUCUCCUGAAGAGCAAUAGAAGAAGUGGUGCACUGUCUCCAAAGAGGACAUCUGUUGGACCCUCAUCGAGGGGCAGCAGAGAUCGUUUUGUUGGUGAAUCAUACACAGUGUUAGGAGACACCACUGUUGAAAGUGGACAGCAUUACUGGGAAGUAAAAGCCCAAAAGGACUGCAAGUCAUACAGUGUGGGAGUAACCUAUAGAAACCUGGGGAAAUUUGAUCAGCUGGGAAAGACUAGUUCAAGCUGGUGUAUCCAUAUCAACAACUGGCUGCAAACUACACUUUCAGCUAAACACAGUAAUAAAACCAAGACUCUAGAUAUACCUGUUCCAGACAGGGUAGGAGUAUACUGUGACUUUGAUGGAGGUCAGCUCUCAUUUUAUAAUGCAAACUCAAAGGAGCUGUUAUACACCUUCAGAACAAAGUUUACCCAGCCAUUAUUACCAGGCUUCAUGACCUGGUGUGGUGGGCUUACAGUGAGUACUGGAUUACAGGUGCCAAGUGCUGUGAGCAUGGUCCAGAAAAGUGAAAAUAGAUUGAGUGGUUCAACAAACAGCCUAAACAAUAUUGCCUACUAA